AUGCGUCAUGCAUCACCAACAACUACUGUAUUGGCUGAUGGAUAUACGGAUGAUGCAUUGGGUAGCAAAUAUGAUAAUUUUCGAGCUUCUCGUCCGUAUUCACGUGAAUCAUUACUGUCAAAUACAUCUCUUGGAUCGAAAGUUCGGUUCUCUCAAUUCAGUUUUCAAUCAAGAGAUGAUGGAACAACUAUAGACGACGACGAAGAAUAUCGAAGAGAACAGAAAAAUACAUUACAGGCAAAAGUUGUAAGAAUGUUCGCCGGCCAAUUUUCAAGAACUGGAUCUUUGGAGAUUGACGGAGAAAGUGAAGUACAGCUAUCACCUCCACCAACUUCUUUUUUAGGAAGAUGCAAAUACUAUUACGACAAGUACAAACUACAUCGUGUUUCUGCCAGUGUCCUCCUUAUUCUCUAUUCAUUUCUCGGUGCUUGGCUCUUUUAUUAUUUCGAGCAUGAUUACGAAAAAGAAGUGAAACACAAAGAGAGAAUCGAUCUUCGAAUUCUUCGAAAUGACACUUUUCAACGGUUGACAACGAUGGUGUUCCGUCAGGGAGCGAAUGCUAAUUUUGAAGAAUUGUUCAUUGAUUACGAGAAAAAAUUGCACAAAGUUCGACUUCCGGAAUGUUUAGAUUGGGAUUACUGGGGUGCAUUGUUUUAUGUUGGAACGUUAUUUACUACAAUCGGAUACGGUAAUAUUGCUCCAAGAACUGCAAUCGGAAGAGCUGCAUCAGUUAUUUAUGCGAUUGUUGGAAUCCCACUUGUUCUCGCAAUUCUAUCAAAAUGUGGAAAGUGGAUGACAACUUCUUUAUCAGUUUCGUGGCAACAACAUCGUCUCAGAAUUCAAGAAAAAGCUAAGAAAACAACGAAUCGAUUGAGAGGAAGAAAAAUAUCAAAACUUGAAAUUCUGGAAACUGGAAAUCCGAUGGCACUAGAAGGGUUAGAAGAGUUGGAACUGGAGUCAAGAACUAUUCCAAUUUGGUUGGCACUACUCAUUUGUGUUGUUUAUGUUUGUGGAUGCUCAUCUUUAUUCUUACUCUGGGAAACUAGAUGGACAUUCUUCACAUCUCUCUACUUCUUCUGUAUAUCGUUGUCUACCAUUGGCCUUGGAGACAUUGUACCCGAUAAGCCGCAUAUGUUCAUCGUAAUGUUUGUUCUUGUUAUUGUUGGAUUGAGUAUUGUUUCCAUGUUUAUAUCAGUUGUUCAAAUUAAGAUGGAGGAAUGGCUUUACCAUUUGAUCAAGAAAAUCCAGAGAGAAUAUACUCAAGCAAUCGAGAAUGGAGAACUUCCAGAUAGAAACGAACUUUACAAGAGGAUAAUGGAGAAAGAGUCUCCAUGGUUGCAACUUGUUGGGCCAAGUAUCAUGUCUGGACAACAAAAUAAUAAAUUGGAAGAUACUGUAGAGAAGUUUGAGAGACUUUUGAAAGAGAGUAAAGAGAUUCAAACGGAACUUCCGAGUAGAGGAAUGUCAACUCAAGUCGAAAAAUAUGAACAGAGUAUGGCUUGUGAUCCAAUGAGCAAUCAUCUUAAACCGGAUGAGCAUCGAGAGACUCAAUGGUCGAGACAACUUAUCGAUGAGACUGGACAUCCGGACAGUGAAAAAAUAGAAGAAGUUAAACUACAAAGAGAUGAUGCAACGUCUAUAUCAAGAAGAUCAAAUGAUUUUAGAGAUUCUAUAUCCGAUGCAACAAGUCUUCCGAUGGAUUCAAUGAGUUCGCCAGAAGCGAAAAAAAGGAAUAAGAAACUGGCGGAAUGUGUCGUUUGUCAAUGUGAUAUUCCUUCAACUCAAAAUCAACAAUCUGUUCAUCUUGCUCCUGGCACUCGUAUUGAUGGAACAGCUCAAACCGAUUUGGCUCAGUUCCAAAUCGAUGAAAUUGCGAUGAAACUUGCAAACCUCCAGACUCAACGUGUCCGUCCACCAAUUGUAGAAAUGGCAACUUCUGCAUUCAUGGAAGAAUCUCCAGUCAAUUCGGAAGCUCUCGAUUUGCCACGUGGACUGUCACAAGCAGAAAUUAAUGUUAUCUGUGAGGCUAUGAGUAAUUCAUUGUACAUAAAUAGUCAGGACACUUUGAAGCAAAUAGCUGAUGUAGCAGUUGGAAGGGAUUACGAAACUACAUUUUCCGAUAAAUCCCAAGUUACGAGUUUAUCUCUUCCAUCAGCUGCCAAGAAACCAUCCACAACCUCCGCGAGUACUUCAACAUCUCCUCAAUAUCUAAUCUCAACAUCUACGUCUCCAGUUGUCUCUCUUUGUGAAGACUUAAAGAAAGAUGAAAAACUGAAACAAAUGAGAUCAAUGUCUACUUCACCGUUCCCUUCGAAUAGUAUGCAUGAAGAAGAGACGCAGACAUCGUUAAAGCAAGAAUUGGUUCAUAUGGCCACAGAUCCGUGUACUUCUCAAUUAGUACAUAGAUCCACAGUGACAUCACCUAUUGGAAAAUACGAUGCUGAAACUGAAACGUCACAAAGUGUUCAAAUCCAAAUGAUGGACAGAAUGAUUUCUCCCGUCUCGACACCCAACCGAGAUCAAAACACUUCGCCGAUUGAGCAGUCUGCUGCUGACUUAGAUGAUCGAAGUAUGCAAACAUCGAUAAGUGAAUGGUUUGGAAAACUUCUGAAAAGAAAAGACGAGGCACAACAGACAUCGAUAAGUGAAGACGUUGGGAAAUCGAAAGAAAAAGAGAAAAAGAAAAAGAAAACGUCGAAAGAAGAGAACAGUCAAGCAUCUUCAUUUGGCUCAGAAGUCUUAACAUCUUCCAACACGUCAUCAACUUCAGAAUCUUUGAAGGAUUCUGAAAAGAGUAAAAAGAAGAAAAAGACGUUUAUUGCUCCGAAUAUGUCAGCAAGUGUUUCAAUGAGUACUCAAUAUUCACCCCCUCCGGGAUGUGAUCGAUUAUCAGAACCAUACAGUAAUAGAGCAAGAAGUUCAUCAACGAGUGGAAUGGGUACAAGUAUAUUUGAAGAGGAAACAAGACAAGAAGUCAUUGUACAAACUGAUGAUUCAUAUCUGAAAAUUGCAAGAAGAUUGGAUGAAUACAGAAAUAAUAAAACACAAUUCCUGCCAGUUUGUGCUGCUGCUCCGCUGUCGUCGAAAGAAGUUGAACCAUUCAAAAGUGACCGCCCAUCAGAGCGAAGUCAUUACUAUUGGGGUGGACGCCGUGCAAGUUUGGGUCGUGGAAGAAAGAAGUCUCGUCAAGAUAUGAGACACGGAGAGUCACAAACUGGACAAUCAAUGGAUGCAGAUCUUUUGAAAGAGGUUUUGAGCUCCGAAAAAAGUCGGUCAAUUUCGCCGAAACGACCAUGUAACAAACGUGGAAUUCUCGCCAGACAUCCUUCUUUGCCGACUGGAAUUUCUCGAGGAAAGGUCUCCGACUACGUGAUUCAACACGAGAAAGGCAUUCACAAUCCGGCAACAAACCGGCAAAGUCCGAUUAAAAUAAUUCGUCAAUAUUCGUUAGAUCAAGAUGUCAUUUAG